AUGGUGUUAUCGCAGCUUCAUGAUGCAUUAGGUCUUUCCUAUCGAAAUUCCUGUGAACUCAAUCAGAUCAUCGACCAAGAGCUGCCAUGCAGACGACCAUGUUUCAAACACGAAGAGAUCAUUGUUGCCAAUGAGGUGUUUGAUGUAUACUCACACGAUAUUAUGGAGUGUGUCAAAGCUCUCUACUCAGACCCAUAUUUCUCACAACAUCUCCUUCAUGCUCCCAAGCACCAUUAUGUUAAUUCCGAACAAGACUGCAAGUGGUGGUGGUCUACCCAGAAAGAGCUUGAGACCAAGAAACACAGAGCCACUGUCAUACCCAUUAUCCUUUCAUCAGACAAAACUCAGGUCACCAUGUUCAGAAACAAAUCCAUGUAUCUGGUCUACAUGACAAUAGAGAAUAUUCCAAAGGAAAUUCAUCAAAAACCAUCUCGACGAGCAUGGAUCCUUCUCAUAUAUCUGCCAACUGCAAAACUCAAACACAUUACCAACAAGGCAGCUAGAUGUCGGACUUCAACUAAUCUAUUCCACGCCUGCUUGCAUCAAAUCUUAGAGCCAUUGAGAGUCCCCGGAGAAGACGGUGUUGCCAUGGUGAGACAUCCUAUUCUUGCCUGUUAUUCUGCAGAUUACCCAGAACAACUGCUGACGACAGGAAUUAAAUCAGGAGAGUGUCCAAAGUGCGACGUUCCACAGGACGAGCUGGGAUGUCCAGACAUUCCUCCAGUCUUCAAACCAUUUUGGGAGGACCUCCUGCACGCUAAUAUCUUCCAGUCAAUUACGCCAGAUGUAUUGCAUCAGCUCUAUCAGGGCAUCAUCAAACAUCUGAUUGAGUGGAUCAAGGAAGCAUACAGUGAGGCCGAGAUUGAUGCUCGUUGUCGCAGGCUUCCACCAAACCAUAACAUUCGCCUAUUUAUGAAAGGUAUCAGUAGCCUUUCCCAUGUCAGCGGAACAGAACACAACCAAAUAUACUGCUUCCUGCUUGCUAAUUUCGAUCUUCCGAAACUUCAUUUCUUCCAUCAUUAUGUGCAUAUGAUCAAACUAUAUGGCACAACUGACAACUACAACACCGAGUACACUGAGCACUUACAUAUUGAUCUUGCAAAGGAUGCUUACAGGACUACCAACCAUAAAGACGAGUAUCCACAAAUGACCCUCUGGCUUGAAAGAUGCAAGAAGAUGGUAUGGCACAAUAAUUUUGUCCAAUGGCGCCUCACUAGUGAUUCUCCUGUACAAGACAGGUUACCGCCUGACAUGGACUAUCAUCACACACUCAAGAUGACUAAACACCCGACUGCAAAACAUGUUCCAUUGGACUGUAUCAUUUGUGAUUACAGUGCCACAUUUUUCAUGGAGGUCACCAAUCAACCCACUUUGUUUGCAGUGCAACUCAAACGAGAAGCUGCCCACAUUGUCCUUCCCUUCCAGACUGUCACCACAUUCCAUAGGGUCAAAUUUCGCACAAUCAACACCAGUGGAUAUUGUGACCCAACAGCUACAAUCGAUUCAGUGCAUUGUCAACCACCAUGGAAGGACAACAAAGGGUAUAUUAUCCCUGGAUGUUUUGACACUGUUUUAGUCAACAAAGGUGAUGGUGGGCCAACGGGUGUUAAUGGGUAUCAUGUUGCACAAGUCCGUGUCAUCUUCACACUGAGAAGUCAUGCUGCGGCUGCCUUAUUUUGCACACCUGCCAAGGCACCUACCCACUUUGCUUAUGUGGAGUGGUUCAUGCCAUUUGGGCAACCUGAAGCAAACCAUGGUUUGUACAAAAUUUCCCGUGUCAUUCAUAAUGGAGAGUGUCUCGCGAGCAUCAUCAAUAUCUCUGAUAUUCGCAGGAGUGUACACCUUAUUCCAAAAUUUGGCCCAGUUGUACCUCAUGAAUGGACGAGCAGUACCGUUCUGGAGCUUUGUUCUAGCUUCUUCGUAAACUCAUUCAGUGACAGGCAUGCUUAUCUCACUAUAAUCUGA